UCGCGUGUGCAAGUGCAAGUGAAUGAAAAAGCAAAAAAAAAAACAACAGCAACAAACAAAAAAAAAUAAGAUAUAAAAACAACAACAUUUUAGAAAUGCAUGUGCAAGUGUUAGAAAAAUAAACAGAAAAUAUCUAACGAAUGACUAAAACUAAGAUCAUUUCAAUUUAGCCAAGUGUUUAAAAAAGUAAACCAAGACAAAUGUUGUUUAUCCAACAAAUAGAAAAGUGAACUAACUGUUAAAGUUGAAAUAGAAUUUAUUUUAAAAAUAAUAAAAUUAUACAGAAAUUAAAAACAAAUAAAUUUGGAGGCAUAGAGAUCAGCUAAACCAAUACUAAGGAAAUUCAAAAAUAAAAUUCCAAUGAAAGGCAUUUCUCGUAAAACCACAUAAUUUUGAAAAAAUCGCAAAAACUAAGAAAAAUCUUAUUUUUAACCCACAAAAGCUCGUAUUUACCAACAUGCACUAAACACAAAGCAGUUAAACAAUAAAAACGCCAUUAUUUUGCAAACCACUUAAAGGUAAAACCCGAGACCAAAAUGGAUUUAACAAAAGAAAUAAUUGACUUUACACAAAAAGUAGACUUCACAGAGAUAAAGAGUUCCGAAGCGAAAAUUCUAACCGGUGAAGAUUUUGGUAUUUUUGGUAACAUGGAAAAGAUCAACAUAACCGGACAAAAUAACAAUGCUUUACCAGCCACAGAACUUAAUACAGAAAAUAACGAAAAUAACAAAAUGCCGACGGCUCCCUUACAAAAGCCCACAACACCCCAGCUUAUAGAAAAUACAGCCAAUGUUUCGGCUAUAAAAACACCAAUGGGUAGAGAUAUAUCGCCGCCACCCAGACCCUUGACUUCUAGCGAAGUGGUGGGUUUCAUAACCACACUAGAGGAUCCCGAAAUGCAAUUGGAUCCUAAUGUAGUACUCAACAAAUCCCGAUCUUUACCAGCUUCUCCUAAUCACUUGAACACCUCACACUUGUCUGAGUUGUUUACAUUUAAGCCGGAAAAGCGCCGGGGUGAGGUGCCCAUUAAACAGAGCGCCUUUAUGGCCGAUAAGAAGUUAACAAAUAUAAUCAAACCAAAUGCAGAGGCAUUGACACGUAACAAUCAACAGUUUUGUUUGCGCUGGAACAACUAUCAGACCAAUCUAACCAAUGUGUUUGAUGAACUGUUGCAAAAUGAAUCAUUUGUGGAUGUCACUUUGGCCUGUGAGGGUCAAUCCAUAAAGGCACACAAAAUGAUUUUGUCUGCCUGCUCGCCCUACUUCCAGGCCUUGUUUUAUGACAAUCCUUGCCAGCAUCCCAUAGUUAUUAUGCGUGAUGUGAGAUGGCAAGAGUUGAAGGCUUUAAUGGAGUUUAUGUACAAGGGCGAGAUCAAUGUCAGCCAAGAUCAGAUAAAUCCCUUGUUAAAAGUGGCGGAAAUGCUAAAGAUACGAGGACUGGCCGAAGUAAGCACUAAUGGCAGCAGCAUGGCAGCUCAGCAAUUGAUACCAGAACAGCGCAUGACGGUGUUUGAUGAUGAGGAAGAUGAAGAGGUGGUGGGAAAAAAUAAUGACAAUGAGGAGGACAAGGAAGACUGUACGAAAGCCAAAAGGCCGCGCAUACAAAUUUCGGCCAAAAAUUCAACGGCUUCAGAUUUGAAGUUGGCAGAACAAAGGUUACGCAAGCGUUCCAGGGAUGGUCUAUUAAUGGAUGAGGAUCGCUUGGCUGGCCAAACGCUCAGUCGAUCACCCUCACCUCAAAUGCAAGAAAAAUAUUCGGAAUCAACACCACCACCACCCAUUGUAAUGACUGCUUCUACCAUUGUGCGAAAUCCUUUCGCUUCCCCCAAUCCCAGUAAUCAACCCGUGGCUACAAACACCAGUGCAACAUCUACUUCGUCUUCCUCUUCAAGUUCCGGAUCUGGUUCGGCUAACUCAGCCUCUUCGGUUUCCUCCACUUCUGCGCCGGUGACAUAUCGAGCCAGAGACAGAAGCAUUUCUCCAUCUCUCAUAGCAUCACAUGCUGGCACCAGCAGUCUAUCAUUAGCUUCGCCCAUCAGCAGUUCCACUCCGCAAAUAUCCAUACAUCCGCAUCCAGCUGCCACAGCAGUGGCGGCAGCCGCUUUGGCGAAUCCCCAUCACCCCCAUCAUCAUGCUGCUGCAGCAGCUCAACAGUUUGCUGCCCAACAGCAAUUGCAUGCUGCCCACUCACAUGCCGCCAUGGCCAGUGCUUUGGGUGCUUCCUUAGCGGCAGCUGCGGCUGGAGCUGGUUCAACAUCUGCCGGCCCCACCAGCAGUGCCGGCUCAUCCUCCCAUCACGAUGACAUGGAAAUCAAACCCGAAAUUGCCGAGAUGAUACGCGAAGAGGAAAGGGCUAAAAUGAUUGAAAGCGGACAUCCUUGGAUGGCUGGUGCCUCAACCUCCUCAGUAACUGACAGCUAUCAAUAUCAAUUGCAGUCCAUGUGGCAGAAAUGUUGGAAUACUAAUCAGCAAAAUCUGGUGCAACAAUUGAGAUUUCGUGAGCGCGGACCAUUAAAAUCAUGGCGUCCCGAAGCCAUGGCAGAGGCCAUUUUCAGCGUACUCAAAGAAGGUUUAUCGCUGUCACAGGCAGCCAGAAAAUUUGAUAUUCCUUAUCCCACAUUUGUUUUGUAUGCAAAUCGUGUGCAUAAUAUGUUGGGCCCCUCCUUGGAUGGUGGCUCUGAUCCAAGACCUAAAGCUCGCGGGCGACCUCAGCGAAUACUGUUGGGUAUGUGGCCGGAAGAUUUAAUACGUUCGGUUAUAAAGGCUGUCGUGUUUAGAGAUUAUCGUGAAAUUAAGGAUGAGAUGGGCGGUCUGCCGUUUGCCAAUGGACAGCCACAUGUGGCCAUAUUUGGCUCUUCGCCCAGUAGCUCGGCUGGUGUUUCUAAUGGUUUCCAUAAUGCUGCCAAGCUGGCAGCUCAAAGCUCUGGCAUGGGACAGGAGGCAACCAGUCCCCUCUCAACAAUGACUGAAAACCUAAGGCGCCAGAUAAUGUCUCAACAGCAGCAGUCUCCCAUAGCACAAACCAUGAACAUGUACAAGUCGCCUUCGUAUGUGCAACGCUCCGAAAUAGAGGAACAAAUAUCGGGUGCAGGUGCUAAACAGCAAGCUGAUCGACGUGGUUCGGAAAAUUUGCCAGAUCUUAGUGCUUUGGGCCUUAUGGGUUUGCCCGGAAUAAAUGUGAUUCCUAGUGGUGGUUCACGCAACAGCCAAAUGCACUCCAACGCUGUAGCCUUUUCGCGAGAGCGCGAACGGGAAAGAGAUCGCGAACGUGAACGAGAGCGAGAAAGAAAUCGUGACAGAGAGCGGGAACGAGAGCGAGAACGUGAGCGAGAACGAGAGCGUGAAAGAGAAAGGCAAUACAGCAAUCAAUCACGUGGUUCGGCCACGGGUGAAUCACAGAAAUCAACGGGUUCUGCUUCACCUUAUUCGCAAAUGAAGUUAAAAGAACAUCCCAACUAUGCCUACAACAAACGAUUUCUGGACAGUUUACCGCCGGGCAUAGACUUUGAGGCCAUAGCAAACGGUUUGCUGCAGAAAUCCACCAACAAAAGUCCGCGUUUUGAAGAUUUUUUCCCAGCCCAAGAUAUGAAUGAUCUAAUGGCGGGGCCCGAAUCAGCGAGUGUAACACAUUUUCCACCCCAGCGUGAAACCAAUCUUAUGAAAAUCAAAUUGGAACAUCAACCCACAGAGCUGCAACAUGAGGAUUGAUUCAACACUACCGAGCUGUAAACGAUGGACUUUAAAUCAUCAUUUCACUGAUGGUAGUUUAUAAAGUAUGAUUACAAAAAUGAAAAUAUAUUAAAUGUUUUUUAAACAUAAUGACUGCUAUUUAUCCCCAACGUUGGUAGGUUAAGUUCAGUUAAUUACAAGCAUAUAAAUAGAGUAUAUAUACAAUAUAACACUUACAUACACCCCCUUAAAAAUAUACAUACAAACUAAAACUCCUACACCCAAAUAGGUCUUAAUCUUAGAAUUAUCUGUAAAUGUAAAUUUUUAUUUCAUUCUUUUAAACCUAGUGAUACAAGCAUAACCUAAUAACUCUUAACUUCUUUAAUUUUAACGACACUUUUCUUAAGUGCUACUUGUUAGACCCCGAUAAGGGUUUAAACCAAAAUCAGAAAUUGUAACUCAAUUCAAAGAAACUUUUCGGCCUUAAUGACAUUUACUACAAACUAUGCAAAUAAAUG